UCAAUUCUAACUUUAGUCUGAAUUGUAUGCGUCUUAUGUAAACAUGUGGGCAACAUUAGGUGUCUUAUGUACUGUGGUUCUUGUAGCCUUUGCUCAAGAUGUGGAACAAGAUCCUGAAGUGACAAUAUCUCAAGGAACUGUUGUUGGUUCUGUGGCGGCUAACGGAGGUUACUUUGAGUUUCAUGGAAUACCCUACGCCGACUCCACAUCUGGUAGUCAUCGGUUUAAGGCUCCUUCACCACCUCCAAAGUUUCAAGAUAAUUUCAUAGCCAAUAGAAAAAAUAUUAAAUGCGUUCGUGCUCUGGGAGUCGGUUACGAAGGAACCGAAGACUGUUUAGUAGCCAAUAUCUACACUCCUACACUCAACAGAGAAAGUUUUCUUCCUGUUAUGGUUUGGAUUAGAGGCGUAGAAUUUAACUCUGUCUAUGAACAAGAAUUGACAUUUGCAAACUUUAUAGAACAAGAUGUAAUUGUAGUGUCACUUAAUUUCCGUGAAUCUGUAUUGGGUUUUCUUUGUCUUGGUACCGAAACAGCUCCUGGUAAUGCUGGAUUAAAAGAUAUUGUUGCUGGAUUACGAUGGGUCCAAGAUAAUAUAAUUGCUUUUGGUGGAAAUCCUCAAGAUAUAACGUUAGUUGGACAUGGUAGUGGUGCUGCAGCUGUCGAUUUAAUCACAAUGUCUCCUUCAGCCCAAGGAUUAGUUCAUAAAGCAAUUUCACAGAGCGGAAAUGCAUUUGCUCCAUGGGCAGUAACACGUGAUAACUUGGAAUAUGCUGUGCAGGUUGCAGAGGCUCUAGGACAUACUGUUGAUGAUAUCGAAACUCUUUCAGAAGUUUUUACUAGAACUAGUGUAGCCGCUUUAAUGGCCAUUAUAAAUGAAUUAGACCUUACUCACAAUUCAUUAGCAUUUGCUCCUUGUGUAGAGAGGGAAGAUAUAGAAAACGUCGUUCCAUUCUUAACUAAAUCACCUUAUCAAGCUCUAAAUGAUGGGGAUUUCUUACAAAUCCCAUUUAUGACUGGAUUUGUUGAUCAGGAGGGCACUAUAAGAUCCGUAGAGGCGUUGGAAUCGGACUGGAUGAAAAAAAUGGAAACUGAUUUCACAGAUUUUAUACAAUCAGACUUACAAUUUGAUAAUGAAGAACAAAAAACGCAAAUUGCGAAUGAAAUUAGCCGGUUCUACUUUGGAGAUGAUAAUAGAAUUGAUAUUAGUGAAUAUUUAAGAUAUCAUGGAGACACCAUGAUUUUAGUGUCUACUAUACGCGAAGCUCGUCUUCGAUCUACUGUAACUGCUGCUCCGCUAUAUUUAUAUCAGUUUUCUUACAAAGGAAGAUUAGGGCAGCCAUUUGUAGGACCUCUUGAAAUCGAUUCAGCAGGUCACAGUGAAGAGCUUGCCUAUUUGUUUUACGAUACGCCGGAUGAAACAGUCUCUGUAAAAGACCUUACUGUUCGUGACAUCCUUGUACGAAGAUGGACAAAUUUUGCAAAGACUGGAGUUCCUACCAGUGACUUUUUUCAAUUAGAUUGGCAGCCAUUUACAGUAGAUAAUCCAUAUUACUUACAUUUUAUUGACGGUGAAGUAACGAAUGAAAUCGGUACUACUUUAGAGAUUUUAUUACAAGAUCCUCAUCCUGCUACCGUUAACUUUUGGGAUGAUAUUUACGAUGAGCAUUUCUUAGACGCAGAAGGCAAAUGGACUUUAGGUGAAAGGGACGGUGAUGAAGACGAAGACGGGUCCGGUGAUGAAGACGAAGAUGGUGGAGAAGACGGAGAGGGCAGUGGAGAAGGUGAAGGUGAUGGCGAAGGAGAUGGAGAUGGAGAUGGCAGUGGAGAAGGUGAUGGUGAUGGUGAAGGAGAUGGAGAUGGUAGUGGAGAAGGUGAUGGUGAUGGUGAAGAAGAUGGAGAUGGCAGUGGAGAAGGUGAUGGUGACGGUGAUGAUGGAGAACCAGAUUCGGCAUCGACCGCCGUUGGGUACACUUUCCUAAUAAUAUCGUUGUUCACGAUUUUAAGCAACUUCCAUUCAUCUCAAAUUCUUUCAUAGAAAAGAGUUUUGUAGAUUUAAGUAGUAAUAUAAUUUUCCGAACUUGUAUUGAUUUCAUGUCGAAAUCUUUAUUUAAGUUUUGUAACGGUAUGGAAGUAAUUUCACUCAUAUUUGUAAAGUUUGUUCGAAUUGAAUUUGCAAAUUCAUUACAAAUUAGUAGUAAUUUUUAUAAAUAAAUAUAUUUACGACUCA